CUGUAAUACGGUUCCAUACAGGUUACAGUACACCUUGUCUCGGUCUCCUCGGGUAACUUAGCGUCCCGGUUUCGCACGGCGAGCUUAAAUGCGGUCGAGGGGCAGCUCCGGCCUGAUUGGCCUGAGGCGCAAACUUUGGCGGGGGAAACUGCGUUUCUUAAGGUUAUCGGUUCGGCCUGUUGACUCACUGGUUACUCGCCAUCCUCUUUAAACUCUCUCUCUCGCCUCUUUUUUUUCUUUCUGACACUCCUCUUUUCUCUCCAUCUUCUCGCCUUUCGGUCAAUUCCCCCCUUACAAUCUUCACAAUGGCCCAGCAAAACGGUACUACCAGCAAUGACUUCACCGUCAAGGCUGGUCUCGCGCAGAUGUUGAAGGGUGGCGUGAUUAUGGACGUCGUCAAUGCGGAGCAGGCUCGCAUUGCUGAGGAGGCCGGUGCUGCCGCCGUCAUGGCCCUCGAGCGUGUCCCCGCCGAUAUCCGUGUCGAGGGUGGCGUCGCUCGUAUGUCUGACCCCGGCAUGAUCAAGGAGAUCAUGGAGGCUGUCACUAUCCCCGUUAUGGCCAAGGCCCGUAUUGGGCACUUCGUUGAGUGCCAGAUCCUCGAGGCUAUCGGUGUCGACUACAUCGACGAAUCCGAAGUCCUGACCCCCGCCGACGAUGUCUACCACGUUACCAAGACCCCAUUCAGGGUCCCCUUCGUCUGUGGCUGCCGCAACCUCGGUGAGGCCCUUCGCCGCAUCUCCGAAGGUGCUGCCAUGAUCCGCACCAAGGGUGAGGCCGGUACCGGUGACGUCGUCGAGGCCGUUAAGCACAUGCGCACCGUCAACGCCCAGAUUGCCCGCGCCCGCGCUAUCUUCCAGACUGCCGCUGACCCGGAACCCGAGCUGCGCGCUUUCGCCCGUGAGCUGGAGGCUCCCUACGAGCUGGUCCGUCAGGCUGCCGAGCUUGGCCGUCUGCCCGUCGUCAACUUCGCCGCUGGCGGUGUUGCUACCCCCGCCGACGCGGCUCUGAUGAUGCAGCUGGGCUGCGACGGUGUCUUCGUCGGCUCCGGUAUCUUCAAGUCCGGUGAUGCCAAGAAGCGUGCGAAGGCCAUCGUUCAGGCCGUUACCCACUACAAGGACCCCAAGGUUCUUGCUGAGAUUAGCGAGGGUCUGGGUGAGGCCAUGGUUGGCAUUAACGUGUCGAAGAUGCCCGAGGCCGACAAGAUGGCCGGUCGCGGCUGGUAAAUUGUUCUUUCUUUUCCUCUUUUCCAGAUGUUUUUGAGUUUCUAUCUGUUGCCUUUUUAUGAUCGUACCUUCUUUUGGAGUGGGCUUUUGUCUUGGCCUACCAGCCGGUUUAAAUUUUUCUUUUGUAUAUGAGCCAUGAACCGUUAGCUACUGCAUGACAGACCAAAAUUUUAGAGGAGUUUCUGACUUGAUCUUUG